GCGAUCUGUACGAUGAAAAGUUUGCGUACGUAUUAGCGCAGCCGCCGAUGCCACAAAAAACACUGAAGUUGGCCUCCGCACUGUGAACCACACCAAUGUGGUUAAUCACCUUGGUGAACUGCGACGAGAAGAACGGGCAUCGAGGGCAGUAUCUCACUUCCAUUACACGGCACACGCGUGAACAGAAGCAGUCCUCUUCUUGAAAACAAAAGCAGCGCUGGCUGACCACGUCCAGUGCAGCGACCCGGAACACAAAGUCCGCGGCUACAGAUGCCACAACACGCGCUUUUAACUUCUUGCGUUAAAGACAGCUUUCACACACUGGAGCAAGUCACCGGAAAAACAUGCCUUCCGUGAUGCGAACACUGCUUGCUACACUUCAGUGUAGAAUACGUGUAGACGCUGCCGCGCGCGCAACUUCUCGACAUACAUAUGCGCAGCGUGAGCAAAGCAUGCGAUGUGCUUUAUAAUAAAUAUUGAAUAAUUCACUAAACUUAAAUAUUGACGUAGUAUAGCACGUUUUUAUAAACGUGGUUUGUUCUUAAAGUAAGAUGAGCCAGUAUGAGCAAUAUUUUCUUGAGGGCCGUAAGCGAACACACUAAUAACUUAGCGUUAACGCCUGUGCUGCCAUCCCUCGACGUUUUCUCGCUGCCGCUAUAUAGGUUUUGUUUGCGCUCGCACUAGCUGUACUCAGGCUUCGAGUGCUACGAGUGGCAUUUCGCACGUUGGUUCUUUGUUCGUUCUUUAUUCUACGUUUUGCGCGUGCGUUUCUUUACUUUUCGCCCACGUGCGUUUGCAACUUUUCGCCCACGUGCGUUUCGCUUUGCGCCUCUGUUUCUCGACAUGGCGUUUAAAUGUCUGGUGACAUUUCGAGAGCUCAAUACAGUGGUGAAUUUCACUGGCGAGUGGAAAAAACACGAGCUAUUCAGCUACCUGCAGAAGACCGAUGUUCUCGCCGGACAAGACUGCGCCUCCCUGAGCUUGCAGGUCUUUGAUGAAGAUUUUGGAAUGUUUGUGGACACGACAAAUGAUUUUGUUGUCCCCCAUAAAGCUAAACUGAAAAUAAAAGAAGCAAGUGAAUUUCGGAUUGUUGACGUCCUUGAUGUCGAGGUGGUGCCAGAGACGCAGCAACAAAUGCCUGCACGCACGGUCUACACGCUGCCGAAUCCGACCAUUAACCCUGAAGAUGAGCAUGGAAAAUCAUGAGCCUGGGAAGCAUUUCAGGAACAGAAAUCAAGUAGUGCAAUGGCUUUUCCGUGACCUCUGCUCAUACACAAUGUAA